AUGAUGUCUGCGAUCAGGGGGGAGUCUGCCAAGACGAUAAUACUAAGAGACAAGUAUGAGGGUCAAUGGAAGAAUAACAAAGCCCACGGGAAGGGCCGCUUCACGCAUGCAGAUGGUUCUUACUAUGACGGGGACUGGGUGUAUGAUGCGCAGGAGGGUUUUGGUGUAGAGAGAUGGGCGGACGGCAGCAGCUACAGGGGAGAAUAUAAAAAAGGAAAGAAAGAGGGAGAGGGAGAGUUUAUAUGGGGGGAUGGUAGUGUUUAUAAAGGCCAGUGGGUUCACAACCACAUGGAGGGACACGGAAAGAUGCUGCUUGCCGAUGGCCGGCUGUACGAGGGUGGUUACCGCAACGAUAAGAAACACGGCGCAGGCCAGUGGGUUCACAACCACAUGGAGGGGAGCAGCGGUGUCUCUGAACAGCAGCAGCAGCAGCAGCAGCAGCAGCAGCAGCAGCAACCGCAGCAGCAGCAGCAGCAGCAGCAGCAGCAGGAGAAACAAACAACGAAAAAAACAGAAGCAACACACAACAGAUGGAGAAGAGAAAAAUCAAAAAAAAAACAAAAAGAUGAAGACAGCCAGGGAGCAGCAUCACCCCCAGCUGCUGAUGCUGCAGAAGCAGCUGCUGCUGCUGCUGCAGCAGGAACAGCAGCAGCAACAGCAGCAGCAGCAGCAGCAUCACCUGAUGCUAGUCCACCGCAGCAGCAGCAGCAGCAGCAGCAGCAGCAGCAGCAGCAGCAGCAGCAGCAGCAGCAGCAGGAGAAACAAACAACGAAAAAAACAGAAACAUCACCCCCAGCUGCUGAUGCUGCAGAAGCAGCUGCUGCUGCUGCUGCAGCAGGAACAGCAGCAGCAGCAGGAGCAGCAGCAGCAGCAGCAUCACCUGAUGCUAGUCCACCAAAUCCGCCAAAAAAGAAGAAAGGGUUUUCUUUAUUUGGAAAGAAGUAA